CUAACACAAGUAUUCCAAAUUGGCAAACACCACAAAAAUGGGAGAAGAAACCCAAACAUUCAUCAAGGCAUGCUUAAUAAUUCUUGCAUCUCUUUUCUACUCUUUUUAUAUACCUUCAAAACUCCCCAAAGGCAAACUUAGGGUUUUAUCUCUUCUCCCGAUUUUCUCGCUUUUCGUAAUCCUCCCACUUUCUCUCACUAGACCCGUACCCAUUACCCUAAUAAGCUGGUUCAUUACAUGGCUAGCAAACUCAAAGCUUCUUCUUUACGCCUUUGAUCUCGGCCCAUUAUCGGCCCAAACUAGCCUACUUAAUUUUGUCUUAUUUGCUGCUUUACCCAUUAAGAUUAAGGGGAAAGAUCCUCUACAUGACACCCUACACACUAGAAUAUUGCCCCCAAAUAAUUGGCUUAGAUCUUUCUUUUUUGCACUUUUUGUAGUGAUUUAUGACCGUACAAAAAGUUGGGUCAUGUUUGGGUGUGCAUUGUUCCUCUUCAUUGAUUUGUGCUUUGCAUUCUGCGCGUUUAUUGUGGGCCCACUUGGUUUCGAGCUAGAGGAGCCGUCUGAUGAGCCUUACGCUUCAUCAUCACUACAAGAUUUCUGGGGUAGGAGGUGGAACCGCAUGGUAUCCGAUACACUGCGCCACACUGUAUACAAACCAGUUAGGAUAACUUUUGUUCAUUUUGUGGGCCUUAAGUGGGCUCAGGUGAUGGGUACAAUAGCGACUUUCUUUGUAUCUGGGCUUGUGCAUGAACUCAUGUACUUUUAUGUGUCUCGGGUCUGGCCCACUUGGGAGGUCACGUGUUACUUUCUGCUGCACGGGGUGUGUGUGGUUUUAGAGAUGGCUGUUAAGAGAGAAUUGGGCUGGAGGUUGGAAUUACAUUGGGCCGUUUCAGGCCCAUUAACUGUUGGAUUUGUGCUAGCUACUGGGUAUUGGUUGUUCUUCCCCCCACUUUGGAGGAACCAUAUUGAUUAUGAGUCAAUUGAGGAUAUUAAAGUUUUUGCAAAGAAUUUGAAGGCAUUUAUUAUAUGAAGUUUAUGGAUAACUUUAAGUGAAGGAAUUAUAGCAUAUAAGUAUUUUUUUGUGGUUGAAGUUAGAUCCAAUUUUCCAAUUAUAAUUAAGGAUUGAUUAGCAGUAAUAUGUAUAAGGUUUUCUACGUAAUUUACACUACACGUGUUUACUACGCAGUACGUAUUAUAUUUGGAUUGUUCUUUCAUAGUUCCCUUUUAUUGUUUAUAAAAGGGUAAAAGUGUUUGUGGGUCGGAUCUUUAAAUAUUGUUUAUA